AUGGCACGUAGUAUUGCUGAAUCCUCCCUCAGCACACCGUCGGACACCUAUCUAUACUCCCUCGCACAGAAUGGCUCUACCUUCGCAACCAUCGGCUCAGACGACACUCUCCGCCUCUUCGAUCCAUCGCUCAAACUCCUCCACAAAGCCCCCUCGGCUCACACCGGCAUAUCGUGCCUCACAACAUUCUCCAAUGGUUUCGCCACUGCCGGUCGCGACAGCUUCAUUCGUACUUGGGACGCCCGCGCCCAGCGCGCUGGCAAUCAACUCCUGGCCGCGGUGAAUGGCGCUGGAAUCUCUGCGUUGGCAUGCCACGAUCACCUCAUCGCCGCUGGGACGGAGAGCGCGAAGGAAGGACUGGGCGAUGUGAGCGUGAUGCUGUUCGAUACUCGGAAUCCAGGAGCGCCGGUCAGGAGUUACGUGGAGUCACAUACCGACUCGAUUACGCAGCUUGCGUUCCAUCCUACUCAGCCGAACGUUCUAUUAUCUGGAAGCACGGAUGGGCUGAUCUCGCUGUUCGACGUCAACAUUGAGGAAGAAGAGGAUGCGCUGCAGCAGGUUCUCAACCCGAGGUCCGCUGUCCACUGUGCCGGCUUCCUAAGCGGGACGGAGGUGUAUGUGGUUACUACGGACGAGCACUUCUCCGUGCACUCCCUCAGCGAGAACGUGGCCGAAGACAGCAAAUCCGCGCUUGAUCUAGGCGAUGUGAGAGAGCGGCUGGGAUGCAUGUACGUGGUGGAUCUGAUCCCUGGCCCGCAGCCGGUGUUGGUGUGUGGGCACAACAACGACGAGAAGUUGUCGAUUGUGCAGCUGCAGGCGCAGAACGGAUGGGGUUUCGGGACGGCUAUUGACCUUGUCGGAGCGCAUGGAGACGAUGUGGUGAGGGAUGUUAUAGUGUUGAGUGAGGAUAUGAAGGCGGUUAGUUGUGGUGAGGAUGGGAGGGUGAAGGUUUGGGACCUGAGGAGUGCUGCGCCGAGGACUUAG